GCUCGAGUCAUGUAUUGCGCAGCUUUUGCUCUGUCUGUGUGAAUGCGGGUUCAGAGAAGGUCGAACACACCCCCACAUCUAUAAAUGAACAUCAUACAAAACGAGAAUUCCCAUGACUGACUCGGCGUGGGUGAGUUCCCUCUGUGUCGGAGCCAAAAGCUUUAUGGGAUGGUCCGCUGGCAUGUGGUGGGCACAUUUCCUGACUCGAAGCGGCGAAACUCAAAUUUAUACGGGUGCCAUUGCCGAGAUUGCAGGGAGUCAUCGUUGCCGAAAGAUCUCAACAAGGUCUCAUAGGACAAAGCAUCACAUUGAAGUGAGGGUCGGAAAAGGUUACCUCGCCGGUCAAUGUCGUCCUUGAACAAAUCAUAUCAAAGGUGUUCCUGCCUAGCAUUGGUCAUUUGAUAUGAUUUCCAAUGAUUUGAAUGGCACCUUCAG